UGGAGGGUUGCAGCUUCCCUGGAAUGGUGUUUUCUGGUAACUGCUCUGAAGUGUCACUAUUUCCUUACUUCUGCAUCCAACGAGUACAGUCAUUGUGUCAUGAACAGGAUUCUACAGAAGUAUCCCCUUUAUGUUAGAAGCACAUGCUCCUAACUGACUACAUCCCGUUACUAUGCGCCGCCAACAACGCCUCUUCGCAGUCCUAUAUGCAUUGUUGGGUGUGACUACCGUCAAGCCCAAGAACUCCCAGCCUUCCCGGUUUAUAGAUGCAAACGAUCGAGAAGAUAUCCCAUACAGUAUAAAAUGCCUUCCUGAUAACUUCAGACAUAUAACGGUUUCUGAUGGACAUCAGCUGGACGGCCUGAGUUGUGGGAUAGCUCUCAAUUGUACGCUCGCAACUUGGCACUCAUGCCACUAGAUCAUCAAGCGAUGUCGUCAAUCUCACAAUCUUACGAAAGUAGCUUGGGAAUACUUGUUCUCUUCAACGCUGGCCAAGAACGAUGACGAGCAUAAGGCUAUAUCAAGGCAAAGUGAUAUUCACCAAGGGUAUGAGAGCCCGGCUGAAGUUGGCGAGCCCUACUCAGCUGCGAUGCCAGACAGUCCUAUUCAGGCUUAUCUGGAAGGCUUUGAAACCCUUCUGACGACUACUCGAGACAAAAUCAUGCAGCUCUCAUCAAUCAAUAAGGGCACGAGUGACCAUCACUCGAAAAGGGAUACCCAACCAAAGCUAAUUAGACGGAUUUUCCAUAGUUUGAGGAUGAGCUGUAACGACAUGUUCUGCGAAGGAUUUGACUUGAAGAAGAUACGUACCUCAAACAGCAUGUCUGCAGCAGAAAAGCAAGAUUGCGCUGCGUGCUACCCCCGCCCGAAUUUAAGACUGAUAAGGGACCGAUGUAAGGCCCGGAACGCUGAGGCGCUUCAAGAUAUCUACUGGGCUUGCGGGCUUCUAGGGGCUUUUGCCGGGGUUGCUGUUCUCAUAUACCGUGUAUGUUCGUGCAGACAUCAACACAGAAGCCAAACACGCAGGACUCCUACCGCACAGAGCUUUUUCUCCUCGACUCUUUCUAUUGCUACAACUGCAUCACCGUAUAGUAGCUUAGAUUGGAGGAAAGGGCACGAGCCUAGCAUGGAUAAUACAGAAGGUUCCGAGGAAAAUCUCUUCAUGACAGAGCAGAGACUGAAUCGUCUUGGUCUCUUUACUAGAGAGCCUCGCAAGAGAAUACGAGAUGUCUUCGAUUUGGAGUCAUAUGGGUCUACCCAAGAGGCAGGAGGGAUAUCAAAGGAGAGAGUGCCCGUAUUACCUCGCGCCCCGAAUGCAAGCCUUCGGAGGCAUCUUGUGACCAGGAGUAUGGAGCAGGGGCCGAGGUUCAGGAACGAGAGUAUUGGGUGAGGCUAGUAUAAUUCCUUCGACAUGGAACAAGGCAUGGACUUUUCUGGAGUGGAAUAUCCUCGGUGUAUGUACUACUAGCGUAGCGUAUUGUUGAGUAUACUUGGAAGGAUGGAAAUCAUAUCAGCUAAGCAUUUGACACCUUCUAGCUUUCUUUCUGUUUCUCUCUUCAUGUGAA